AGCCUGACCCUAUGGAAAAGAAACACAAGGGUCAGUCCAGUUUGGAAGAAUUGAGACUCAGACCAGGCACUGGAACGGACCAAUCAGAAGGCAGGACAUCAGUGCCUUUUAAUAUGACCAACGCUCUCCGGUCAUCACUUUUCACUGAACGGACCAAGCAACAACAUCAUCCCUCUGAUUGAUGUUCCUCUCGUUGUGUUGGCUGUUGGCGUUUUAUCUGGAAGAAACACGUGUUUGGAGAGAUUACCAUCAAGUGUUGACACACAUCCGUGAAGACUUGGAAAGAAACAACGAACAGAAAAUCCGGACAACAUCAUGUCGAAACGGAUGAAUGCCAAGACACGGAGCGACAUGUGUGGUAAAGGAAGCAGUGGAGAUGGAAAUGGUGACAUGACUGCUGAACUGUGUGGUGAAGUGUACGACAUGUUGUGUGCAAAGAUUAAGGCCGACGACGCGUACGCCAAGAAACGUUCAAAGAUGAGGAAACUGACUGAACCCAAGAAAGUAGCACCGAAGAAGACGAUAAAGAAGACCCAGAAGAAAAAAACAAGCAAACCAGCAGCAGCAGCAGCAGCAACAACCACAGCAGCAGUUGCCACCACAGCAGCAACUGCCACCACCACCACCAUCACAACAGCACAGCAGCCGCAGCAGCAGCAGCAGACACCCAAACGAAGGGGACAUCCUUUUUGAAACCUGCAACACCUGCAACACCUGCAAAAAAGACGACCACGGAAGAAAUUGUCUCUGAAGAUCUCUCAUCAAGAACAGCUGUAAGUACCAUGCUAUCCUUUGGGAUGUGUAUGCCAUGAUGAUAAUGAUGAUGAUGAUGAUAAUGAUGAUGAUGAUGAUGAAUAUUACGAAUGCAUGACGAUGAUAGUGAGUAUACUGAAAGGUUCUUUUCUUGUUGGAUUGACAGGACACCCAUCCUUCCUUCCCCUGAUGCCAGUUCAGCGCAGUCCGUGUUAGAACAGUGGUGGGAACAAAUCCCUCAGGAGCCAACCUAUUCACCGAAUGCGCCUGUGAUGAUGACGACCGGUGACAGUGAUGAUCAUGAAGCGCUCAAGCUGACAACCCUCCCUUCCAUGGAUCUGGACACACCCACCCUGCUUGAUGCUUCUUGGUCUCCAGCAUCACCGGAAGAUGUUAAUGUCUUCUCCUCAGGGAGGCCAUAGACUGUACUUGUUUUACUGAUGGACCUCUCACAUGUUUGGGACCUGUUUGGGACAGUAUGAUGGAGGACCACAUCUUAUGGUGACCCUCAUCUUCACUAGAAGAGCUUGAAGAUGGAAGAGUUUGAUGAAGAUGGAAGAGGAAACGUUUUCGCGUUGUUGUAGGGACAUGCAAAGCGCUCCCUCCUCCAUUGUCUUUUCGUAUUUCCUAUGUAUCUGGUUGUUGGUGUUGUUCAUUAUUAAACAGUGUUUGAUUGAA